AUGUUUUUCUUGUUCUUCAUCCUCUUUGGUCUCAUCCACUCUGGCUUUGGUCAAUGUGAGGAGGGCUGGAGACCGUAUGAAGAGAGAUGUUACUUCUUUUCCUCUGAUAUGAAGUCUUGGCAUGAUGCUUUGGAGGAUUGCGUAAGUAAAAGCAGUAAUCUGAUGAGCAUCCAGGACAUUCAUGAGCGGACGUGGGUGCGCACACAGAUCGGAACUUCUAUCUACUGGAUCGGGCUGAAUGAUGUGGCAUCAGAAGGAAACUGGGAAUGGAGUGACGGAAGGGUUUACUACCCCUACCUGGCAUACUGGAGGGAAGGUCAACCUGAUAACUGGGCUGAUAAUGAAGAUUGUGGGCAAGUUCUGGGUUCCAAUCAAGGCAGAUGGAAUGAUGAAGUCUGUACAGCCAGACGACAGUAUAUUUGUAAACGACCUAACCCUAACCCGACGCCACUCUGCGACACUGGAAAUGGCUGGGAACCCUUCGGUUCAAACUGCUACAAGCGGAGGGCGGGGCUUAAGAAGAGCUGGGUAGCGGCCCGCAGUGACUGUGUCAGAGAGGGUGGAGACUUAGUGUCAAUCACAUCUUCUGAAGAGGAGCAGUAUGUCACUGGCCGACUGGAUCCGUCUUCUUUUGACCUCUGGAUCGGCUUUUCUACCCUGAAAUGCACAACUCUGUCCUGCCAAAUACAACCAAAUGGCACCACCUUCACCUGGUCUGAUGCAAGUACUUCUACUUACACAAACUGGCCAGAGGGACAACCAGACCUGAUCGACAAACAGACUGGUGUGUGUACCGCUAUGAUCAAAGAAGCAGGAGAGGAUUAUGGAAAAUGGAGAACACACAUGUGCCGUUAUGAGAGACCGUACAUGUGCAAGCGAGCUUUGAACACAAUUUGUCCUGCUGGAUGGUUGAGUUUCGCUGGUAACUGUUACUGGUUGGUCAGUAAUCUCAACCUCUUGACCAGCUGGUAUCUGGCUCAGACGCAGUGCUUUAACAUGGGUGCAAACCUAGUGACCAUCAAGAAUGAAGAGGAGCAGUUCUUCAUUAAUGCGCAGUUACCUGAUUUUCAUCAGGCAGAGUUACCUGAUCUGUGGAUUGGCGCUUCAGAUAAAGAUCAAGAUGGCACCUUUAGGUGGGUGGACCAAACCGCGAUUGCGUUUUCAAACUGGAGCCCAAAUUUCCCCCAAAACACAUUAAAGCAGUGGGACUGUGGCCAGAUUUACACAGGGAACUAUGCUGGGAAAUGGGAAACCACAAACUGCUUUAAAAAUCUCGGCUAUAUCUGUAAGAUGCCUGGAGGUCAGAACGUGAAGCCCACGGCGGCUCCAGACUCUCACUGUGAUGAAGGUUACCUGCUCUUUGGUGAUCAUUGCUAUCACUUUGAGUCGGAAUCCGUCAAGACGUGGCAGGAGGCGGAAAGUUACUGUGUGGCUCAGAAUGGACAUCUGGUUAGCUUCCACAACCAAGAGACCAUAAGUUUUCUGACAGCCCACAUGAGCAGAAGUUCCUGGGUGGGUCUCAAUGACAUCGACAGAGAGGGAACCUUUGUGUGGACAGACGGGACUGAAAUGGACUUUCUGCCCUGGGAACCAACCCAGCCUGAUAACUGGCAGGGGAACGAAGAUUGUGUCCACAUUCGAGGAACAGAACAUCAUGAUACAGGAAAACUCAAUGAUCUGCCCUGCACGGCCACAUAUCCUUUCAUCUGCCAGAAGGCAAAAGGUCAAGGACCACCAGCUCCACCAACAGCUGGUCCAGGCUGGAACGAGAAAUGCGGCUCGUGGGUUGCUGAUCCGUUCAAUGACUUCUGCUAUCUGUUCACUACUCUGUCUAUGAGAAACUGGCCAGAUGCUCGGGCGGAUUGUUUACAUCAGGGUGGAGAUCUGAUCAGCAUCACAGAGCCCUUUGAGCAAGGCUUCAUACAGGCUCAAAUCCAGACAAUUCCCACUGGAGUUUCUCUGUGGAUGGGCGCUCAUGACUCCCUCACAGAGGGGGGCUGGACGUGGACGGACGGCUCCCCGUUCCGCUAUAUAAACUGGGCUGCAGGAAACCCAGAUGAUUACUCUGGUGAAGACUGCCUGUCCAUUUUAAUCAGCUCUGGAUCCUGGAACGACGAUAACUGUGACAAUAAGAGAGGAUAUAUUUGCAAGCGUCGCGGAAACACACCUGAACCUCCACCGCCACAUGAUGGCUUCUUCACAGCGUACACUUGUCAGGACUCUAGCAUGGUCCUUCACUGCCCCAGCAACAGCGUCAUCAACAUCCAGUCGGCCUUUUACGGUCGCCGCAGUGACAAAAUCUGUCCCUAUGGAGAUGGAGCCUCUGGCACCUGCACUGUUGAUGGCACGUUGCCUUUGGCCAGGAAGAGCUGUGACAACCGAGUUUUCUGUUUUCUGUUCGCACACAAGGACAAUGACCCCUUCCCCACCAUCUUUAAGUACCUGGAGGUGGUAUAUAGCUGUGAACAAAACGUUUGUGUGAGGGGUCUAGGAGUGGAAGAUGGAAACAUCACUAACUCGAUGCUCUCUGGCUCAUCAUCCCUCAGUGGGAAAGGACCGGAUAAAGGUCGACUGAAUGGAAACUCCUGUUGGAUGCCCUCCAGCUCUGCUAAUUCCUUAAUUCAGGUGAAUGUGGGUCAGCUGAAGAAGGUCACAGGUGUCGUAGUUCAAGGCUGCCCAGCGUCAGAUAACUGGGUUACUAAAUUUAGGAUCCAGAGCAGCACAGACGGUGUCACGUGGACAGAUUACACCAGUGAUGGAGGGGAAUAUCCAGGUUCUGUGGACAGAAGUACUCCAGAAACACGGCUGUUGGGGACACCGAUCUCAGCGCAGUACAUUCGGCUUCUUCCGCUGGAGUGGAAUGAUCAAGUAGGAUUGCGACUGGAUAUUCUAGGCUGCCUACCCGACUAUGCUGUUUCUUGCAGCGCAAAGCCCAACCUGAACCACGCAGUUGACAGAAUGACCGUUCACUGUCCUGCUGGUUGUGCCAGAGAGCCGUAUGCUGUGUACGGGACAGACAUGUAUCGUGGGGAUUCUAAUAUCUGCGCUGCUGCCAUUCAUGCUGGUGUGGUUCUGAAUGACAUUGGAGGCGACUGCACCCUGCUCAAAGCUCCGGGUCAGAGCUUUUACACUGGAUCCACCAAAAACGGAAUUGUAUCUAGACAGUUCGACGGGGUCUACUCUGUGUCUUACCAGUUAGCCGAUGGUGAGCUCAGAUGUUCUGGUCUAGACUGGUAUGAGUUUGGGGAAUUCUGCUAUAAGCCAUUUGCAGAAAUGAAAACAUGGCAUGAAGCUCGUACAGCCUGCAGGCGUUUGGGAGCUGAUCUGGUGUCAGUCAUGUCCAUUACAGAACAAAGCUGGCUAGAGAGCUACCUCUACAUGGCCACAAGUGACGUGUGGAUUGGUCUGAACGAUCUGAGCUUCUCAGGUUUGUUCUCGUGGUCUGAUCAUCAUGAAGUCACAUUCACACACUGGGCUCCCGGAGAACCCAACAAUCACCUGGGCUUCAGUGAGGACUGUGUGGAAAUGUUCUUUCAGACGGGUCGAUGGAACGAUGUGACUUGCACAGAGUUAAACACCUACAUCUGUAAAAUGCCUAAAGGUCACUAUCCUCUGCCAUCAGUCAAGCCAACGAUUUACGGUUGUCCACAGGGAUGGGAUGUGUUUGAGUAUUCUUGUUAUUGGUUUGAAGAAACGGCUAGAACCCGUGAAGAGGCAAAAAAAUUCUGUGGGAGUCAAAACGGCACGCUGCUGCACAUCAUGGACCUGUACGAACAGGCUCAUUUCACAGCCCUGAUGGGCCGAUACUCUGGUGACUGGUGGAUCGGCCUGCGUGCCAGAGGAGGAAUCGCUGGUGUCGACUAUUACUGGGACAAUGAUGCUUUAAUAACUUACACCCACUGGGACCGAAACCAGCCAGAUAACCACGCUGGAUCGUGUGUCACUAUGACGACGACACCACUGCCAGGAUUCUGGAAGAAUAAGGAGUGCGAAGAAUCCUUCCCAUUUGUGUGUGAAGCUCCUCGUAAUGGUGUGGCUCCGCCCACGCGACCUCCGACUCCGCCUCCAGCUGCAGGAUGUGAGAGCGGUUGGACUGCAGAGCCUCACUUCAGGAACUGCUACCGAUUGUUCACUGUAGACUUUGCACUGAAGAAGAGCUGGCAGGGGGCCCGAGAAGACUGCCGUGCCCGUGGGGCAGAUCUGGUCAGCAUCCAUAACCCUGGCGAAGAAAUCUUCCUUUCUAAGUACUCGAAGGGAAAAACCAAGUGGAUUGGUUUGAGUCUCAACCCUGUAGAAGGAGGUUACCACUGGAGUGACGGUACACCAGUCAGCCACACAAACUGGGGUCACAAUGAACCAAACAAUCACGGUGGGCGAGAAAACUGUGUGGAGAUGGUGACCACAGAGAACGGGACAUCCUGGUGGAACGACCUGAAUUGUGACGCCCAUCAGGACUGGAUUUGCAUGAUUGCAAAAGGAAAGAAACCAAUUAUACCCCCAGAACCACCAUCCCCUGUACCAGCUCCUGAAUGUGGAUCAAACCCUGGCUGGAGGAAGAACAAUGGAAUCUGUUAUUACUAUAAUGACACAGAUAUCGUUGACUUUCACAUGGCCAUCGUGAGAUGUUAUGAGGAGCAAGCUCAGCUGGUCUCUAUUGCUGAUGAAGCUGAGCAGUCGUACGUGGUCAGUCUGGUCGGCACCGGUCAGGUGGCUGCGGUGUGGAUUGGAAUGAGAAUGUUUGGGGUUGCAGGUGGAGAAUAUAUGUGGCUGGAUCUCUCGCCAGUGACAUAUGUCAACUGGGGACCUGGAGAACCCAAUGAUGCCAACGGAGAAGAACAAUGUGUCGAGAUGAACAGAUAUCCAGGUUCAUGGAAUGAUGCAAACUGUGGUCGGGCUAACGGCGGUUAUGUGUGUAAGAAGUAUCCGGGAAAUGUCCACACACCACCCCCACCGACAGCAUCAUGGGAGGGAAACUGCCCCGAAGGAUGGAUGAAAUUCCGCAACAAAUGCUACAUCUUCAAAGGGAGUCAGAAACAUCAGACGGAGAUCAAGGCAAACUGGACAUUCGCACGCAAUUGGUGCAGACAGCAGGGAGGAGAUCUGGCCGUCAUCGACGAUCAAAAUGAAAACGAUUAUGUAGGUAGUUACCUUAGAGAUCUGCUUAACCCAGUUUGGAUCGGUUUAUCUGAUACACUGCAUGAAGGGAAAUUUGCAUGGAGUGAUGGACAUAGUCCAGUUCUGUACACAAACUGGGCCGACAAGGAGCCAAACAACGUUGAUGGGCAGGAACACUGUACAGAAAUAUCCCACAAUCACCUAAUCACGGGCCUCUGGAACGAUGAGAAAUGCAACCUAGAGCGAGGAUGGGUGUGCUCCAGAAAGAAAUCAAGCAGCAUUCCUGUCCCUCCGCCCACCCGCAGCCCGUGUCCAUCGGGAUACAUCUCCUGGUACAACAACUGUUACAAACUUAUUUCAGAGCCCAAAACGUGGGAUGAAGCUCAUCAGGGCUGUGUGAAGGAGGGUGGAAAUCUGGCUAGCGUGGAUAUGAGUUACGACCAAGCAUUUAUUUCUGGAGUCGUGCAGCAGGGCAUGACAGAUGCCUGGAUCGGACUCAGACGACUGGUUAACGAUUCUUACAGAUGGUCAGAUGGUUGGCCCGUGUUCUUCACUCACUGGGGUCCAGGUGAACCGACCAAUCACAAAGGAGAAGGCUGUGUCAGCAUGCAUGCCCGAUCACGCUUCAUUCAAGGCACCUGGAACGACACGGCUUGCGACGCUGUCAAACCAUACAUCUGCAAAAUCACUUCAGAAAAGCCUCCAGCGACACCUGCUCCCGGUGAUGGGAAGUGUUUGCCAGGCUGGUGGCCAUACGGACGACACUGCUAUUAUGUUUAUAAUGGGAAAGUGGGUUUCUCGUGGCCGGAGGCACGACAUUACUGCCAGGAGGUAAAAGGAGCAGAUUUAGCCUCCAUCCACAGUCGAGCUGAGGUGGAAUUCAUCAGGAAUAUCAAUUACACCAAAUACCACAAUGUCUGGAUUGGUCUGACCAGGGAUCGUUCGUUUGGAUGGGGUUGGACGGAUCUGACAUCAUUGGCCUUUACAAAUUGGGCACCUGGAGAACCCAAUGAGGCCAUUCAUGAUGGCGAUGUUGGCAAAGAGAACUGCGUAGAGAUGUACCACGACGGCAGGUGGAAUGACAACAACUGCGUACAGAAGAGAGGCUUCACGUGCAGACACCGCCAAUAUUACGUAACAGAUGAUAAUGGAGACAUAGUAGUCCCAACUGAUGCACCGGAGAUUGACAGCGGUCUGAUCGCCGGCGCUGUUAUCGGAGCGAUUGUGUGUGCAGCGCUGUUACUCGCCGGCAUGUAUUACAUCUUUACUGUAAAGGGCAUCAAACCAGGAGACACCAGAAUCUUCAAACAAGAAAUCAAAAACUUGGAUGUGCCUGCAUUCACAAACCCAAACUUCAGUGGAGAAUCUGAAUCCUAAUGCAUGUGAGAAUAAUGAGAUUCACCCACUUCUGUACAGAAAAUAACACAAAUCAAC